AUGGCGGAUACAACCCAGCAGGCUCAGCCUCCGGGCGAGCCGCAGCCAGCUGGUGAGCCGGCCGAUAUACCUCCCUCGGAACCUCCCAAGACGCAUACGGAUGAGCCAUCAGCUGCGGAUGCUGACCAUUCGCUCCCCCCGAUUGAUAAAACCUUACCGACCGACGACACGGCUCUUCCAGCUAUAGAUAUGUCGCUACCGCCAAUAGACUCGACGAUACCAGCACUACCACCGAUCGAUACAUCCUUACCACCGCUGGACACAACGAUGCCCGCGAUGGACGACUUACAUGACAAUGAGCACUUCUCCUUUGAUCGUUUCGACGAGGAGACGGCUGCCAUCGGAAUAAAUGAAAAUGGGACGACGGCACAUGAUCAGACCACAGAGCAUCAUGGGUCUUCGUCGACCCCUGUCCCUCAGAACCCCGCGCCCUCGAACGGUUUACAUUCGGAGCCGCCAGCUCAGCAGCAUCAACCAUAUGAGCAACAGCAACCGGCGCAGCACCAUUAUUCACCCCAGGAGAAUGCACCGACGUCACAGCCGCAGGCCCAAAUACCUCAACAGCACCAGCAAUCGCAUCAACAGUCGCAACAGCCCCCCGACAUGUAUAACAACCAUCACAGUGCCUCGCCUUCUCAUUCCAACCCUUCAAUGCAGGGCCAACCCUCGCAGAUCCCGCAAGCUCCCAUUGGAUCGCCUAUGCCUCCGAUGUCUUCGGUCAGUCAGUACAUGGCGGGCUAUCCAUCGAUGAACUCCGGCGGUCAGAUGCAUUAUCAGCUGCAGGGCGAUGCGAACAAGAUGCUGUCCAGCAGGCACAAGAAAGAAGUCAAGCGGCGGACGAAAACCGGGUGUCUAACGUGUCGCAAGCGACGGAUUAAGUGUGACGAGGGACACCCCGUCUGCCGCAACUGCGUCAAGAGCAAGCGUGAAUGUUUAGGCUACGACCCGGUCUUCAAGCAACCAACGCCCUCUGCGAUACAGCCCGCUCCUAAUCCCCAGCCGUCGCUGGUGGUCAACCCACAGGACCCUUCUCCUCAGCAGUCGUCGUACCCUGCUGCGCCUCCAGGCUACGUACCGGCCUCAUCUCAACCCUUCGCUCCCUCGCAAUCUCCGUCGACAUCUACAGAUCGCUACGAGUACAAUUCCUCCAUUGACCCGUCACUCAACCACGGCAACUCGUCCGAGAUGGCAAGCGUCCAAAACAUUACCGACGGCGGUCUGCAGCCGACUGUGAACCCCGCGACGACCACAACGGGCCAUUCGGAGACGACAAGCUUUAGGUUGAAACAAGUCCAGAUCAGCGAUCUUCUUGCCCUACGGGGUAUUCCGCCUCCACCCCCUCAUCCUAUUACCGCCCUUCCCCCAAACCGUCUCGAGGAGAUACAAGCCGUGUUCCUUGCUACAUAUGCUCCCGCUAUUGAUCGGUUCUUUGAGACUCGAUGGUUCUCAGAAAAGGCGCUGAACCAUCUGCUAGCGAAUGCCCAGUUAAUGGCCGAAUAUUCCGCAUUGAUCGAGGCAUUCAACGGGAAUUUGAAUGACCCCAAUGUCCUUGCGCGGCUGGAGAGCUUCGAAGCAUCGGUUGUCUGGAGUACAAUGACAUUAUGUCGCCAUGUGAUGAACGUAUCGAAUGGAAGCCAGCCGGACUAUGAUCUCCUAGCCACCUCCAAGCGGUUGGACGUGAUUGAAGCCAUGAUCACCGGCGACCACCUAGACUCGAACCCGCUCGCACAAUUCCCGACUCGGCAACCGGCCGCCAACCCGCCUUCAUUACCCGAUCAGCUCAUGCAGCGCCAGCUGGACUUCUGGAGUGCGAUCGGCCACUUCCUUACGCUUCAUGACAAUGAAGCCAGCGCUGCGAAAGAAAUCGAUGAUACACUGGGUCGUUGCCGCACGCUUCUGGAUACGUACGAGAACCGAGACGUCACCUACUCGAUUGCAAUUGCGCGCCAUCUUGGCCAACGAUGGGCCGACUUUCCGCACAGCUUCCCUCAGCCAAUCACCACAAAUGAGAAAGACGCCGGUGCCAAGCUAUAUGUUGCGCAAAAGUUCCUUGAACAAGAAGCCGGCGGUAAGGGUACUACACAGGUGGUCAAGCGCUUGUGCGGCAUGGUUGUCCGGUCCUGGUAUGUUUCCCGGGAGUAA